AUGAAGCCCAACCAGACAGCCCUGUGGGAAUUCAUCCUUGUGGGCUUUUCCACAUACCCACAUCUGCAGAGCUUCCUCUUUGUGCUCUUUUUCUGCCUCUACCUGCUCACCCUCACAGGCAACCUGGCCAUCCUGGGACUCACAUGGGUGGACAGAUGCUUGCACACCCCAAUGUACCUCUUCCUGAGUGCACUCUCCUCAGAGACCUGCUACACUCUGACCAUCAUCCCCAAGAUGCUGGUUGACCUGCUGGCACAGAGUAGAAGCAUUUCUGUGACAGGCUGUGGGCUACAGAUGUGCUUCUUCUUGGGACUGGGGGGCACAAACUGCAUCAUCCUCACCCUUAUGGGGUAUGAUCGCUUCCUGGCCAUCUGCAAGCCACUGCAGUACCCACUGCUUAUGACCAAUGCUGGAUGUGGCCAGCUUGUGGCCUCUGCUUGGGCUGGAGGCUUCUCUAUCUCUCUGUUUGAGACUGCACUGAUCUUCCGAGGUGAAUUCUGCAGCCCCAACCUCAUCAAGCACUUCUUCUGCCACAUGCGAGCAGUGGUGCGGCUAUCUUGUGUGGAUAGUGACCUCACAGAAUCCAUUGUGACAGUGAUGUCUGUGACAGGCCUGCUGGGCACCUUUUUGCUGAUCACCCUGACUUAUGUCUUCAUCCUCUCCUCAGUCCUCCGCAUCCCCUCUGCCCAGGGCAAGCAGAAGGCCUUCUCUACUUGUGCUUCCCACCUCACUGUGGUCAUUAUCCACUUUGGCUUUGCAUCCAUUGUCUACCUGAAGCCAGAGACUUCCAGGGGUGAUGACACCCUCAUCGCUGUCCCUUACACAGUCAUCACUCCCUUCCUCAGUCCCCUCAUCUUCACCCUUAGGAACAAGGACAUGAAGCAAGCUUUCAGGAAAGUUCUUGGGAAAUCAAGCUCAUGGGACAAAUGAUCAUAGUGUUCAGCCUGGUGGAAUGUCUUGUGUGGUCAGUGAGAUGCCAGACCUAUAAUAUCUGAUGACAUCAGUGUUUGUGGACCC